GGAGGGUUAAAAUCAAAAUACAGGCUUUACAUACAUACACAUGUGACCUCGUGCCAUUCAGAUAUGUAUUGAGGAUAUCACAUUUGGGAAUUUCCCAUUUAAAUGACUCAUUGUGUUCGUAAUUCAUCCCUGGCAUAAGAACCUUUCUCUCAUUUUCCUUCUCACUUAUUUUUCUCCUGACGUACUUCUAUAAUAAUAAAAAAAAGUUCUUUAACAGUUCAGUUCAGUAUUGUUUCAUCGUCGGAAACAUAACAAAAUUUUUAGCGCGUUAGGUUAGUUCGCAUUUUUUUGCUGCUUUUUUUACGUUAUUUAAUUUUUCUGCAGUGCAUCGCACAGACACAAAAAAAAACUCGUUUCCAUCGAUUUCAAAUUCGAUUGGAAUUUUUUUUAAUUAAACUUGAACAUGAUUUCAAAUUGUUUUGUUCUUUUUGUGCUCAUAUCUCGCUCGCGACGACGUUUGAUGUUGUGUUAGAAUGUUCAAUAUACAAGAAAAGUUAAUUAUUGUGAAAUGUCGAUGAUCAAAUGGACGACAAUGAUGAAAUCAAAUUGAUUGUGAAUGAAAAAAGAGAAAGUUGAAUGAAGAAAAAUGAUGGAAAAUAUUUGUGAAGAUGGACUUUCCGUAAAGGAAAUGGAAUUAAUGGAGCCCAAUUAUGAAGUAUUUAUGAAAUGGGCUCAACCGACAACAAUUUGGGAUACAGUCAGUAAUCGGAUUAGGAUGGCAAGCAUAAGACCCGUCAUACGUUCAUUUCCAAUGUCAACUUAUCAACAGCAAAUUCAACCGAAUUUUAAUGAGUAUCCAACAACAUCAACUCAAUCGCCAUCCCAUCAUAGACAUUUGCAAAAGAGUCCACUUAAUCCAAAUUUACCGUCGUCAUCAAAAUAUUUACAAUUUGUGCAGCCACAACAGUCAACGAUGAGCAAUCAAUUGAAUUCACAAACACUUCCAUAUCCGAGUACGAAUGCAUCGCAUGGCGGUAAUCUGUUAAGUCAACAAACUCCAAAUGCAGUUCCUGUACAUCAAACUCUCCCUCAAAACUUUCAUCCAAGUCAAUUGCAUGGACAUCCAGCCAUAAUAGGAGGCUAUCAUCUUGAUAAUCAACGACAAUCUCAGUCUGAUGACGAUAGUGGAUGUGCUUUAGAGGAAUACACUUGGGUACCGCCAGGUCUUCGACCAGAACAGGUUCAUUUAUAUUUUUCGGCAAUACCCGAAGACAAAGUGCCGUACGUGAAUAGCGUUGGAGAGCGUUAUCGAGUGAAGCAACUUCUACAGCAAUUACCACCCCACGACAAUGAGGUUCGUUAUUGCCAUUCGCUGUCGGAUGAGGAGCGAAAAGAGUUGAGAUUAUUUUCAGCCCAACGAAAGCGUGACGCACUCGGUCGCGGUUCUGUUAAACAGAUUCAAGUCAAUCAGCAGUGCGAGGGAUGCGGUGAAGUGAUGAUGACAGGUGAUAUUGCAGUAUAUGCAGCUCGCUUUGGACCUAAUGUUUGUUGGCAUCCGUCAUGUCUUGUGUGCAGUAUCUGCAAGGAAUUACUCGUUGAUUUAAUUUAUUUUCAUCGUGAAGGACGGCUGUAUUGUGGACGCCAUCAUGCUGAAACUUUGAAGCCACGAUGCUCAGCAUGUGAUGAAAUUAUUUUGGCCGAUGAAUGUACGGAAGCUGAGGGUCGAGCAUGGCAUAUGAAACAUUUUGCAUGUUUUGAUUGUGAUAAGCAGUUGGGCGGUCAACGUUAUAUCAUGAGAGAAGGAAAGCCAUAUUGUCUUGGAUGUUUCGAUAACAUGUUUGCAGAAUAUUGCGAUUAUUGUGGUGAAACAAUAGGUGUCGAUCAAGGUCAAAUGAGUCAUGAUGGUCAGCAUUGGCAUGCAACAGAUCAGUGCUUUUCAUGUUCAACAUGUCGAUGUUCACUGCUGGGAAGACCAUUCUUGCCACGUCGUGGAUCGAUUUAUUGCUCAAUUGCGUGUAGUAAAGGUGAACCUCCAACACCAACAGAUAGUACAGCUCCAUCAAUGCACCGUCCACUUAGAUCACAACAAGCAAUACAACAUAAUAUUCCAUACAAUAUGCAACAAUCAACCUCAACAAAUCGAACUGGUUCUGAUAAUGAAGAAUCAAUAGCAGCUCCAUCAACUCCAUCCUCACCACCUAAAUUUGCAUCACCAUCGUCACCAAUUCAUCAACAAAUUAGAAAUACGACAGCAAAUCAACAACAACCAAUGAGAUCCCCAAAAAUGGGACGACGAGCUUUAAAUUGUAAUCCAAAGCAAUCACCGGUAGCAGUAAAUAGUAGUAGCAGUCAGACACCGUCUCCAUAUUUGGGAAUGAAAUUUGAGCAGCAUCAACAGCAACAAUAUCAAGUGGUUGACAUUCAAGACACAGUUAUUACAAUUAAUGAGCACGAUCAAUAUUCUUUGACAUCUCAAACAUCAUCGACAUGCAAUAAUAAGGGCUUAGAUCGAGUCUUGCUCGAAAGAAAUAUUGAAAAGUUACUCGAACGAAAUGACACGCAAUUACCAGCAAAUUCCUCAUCGUCACCAAUCAAUAUUCCCGAGAAUAUAACAAGAAGCCCGAGAAGUGCAAGAAGUCGUGAGCCACUCGAUUUAACAGAUUUAGGUUUAAGUUUAGAUAAUUUAUCGCCAAAAACAAAAUCCUCAAGAAUUCAGCAAGAGAAUAUCCAAAAAGAUCUAAUGAUGACCUCAUCGAUGCCAGAACUUCCAAUGUAUGAAAUAAAUCGUCUAGAUGAAAUCACACCAAUUAAUGAAGAGCUUCCAACGCCUGACAUUUCAGAGCUAUCAAUUAAUCGAGAGGAACAACCAGUUCCACAACCAGUUGUGAUACCAACAACAUCAAAGAAAGAAGUGCGAUUUGAAGGAGAUUUUCAAGAUACAUUGCCUCGAUCACGAAGCUACUCAGGGAAAUCGUCAUCAUCAUCAUCACGAAGUAGCGGUCGAAGACGUAAAGGAAAUCGUCAACGAAAAGAUCAAACAAGACAUCGAGAAGAGCAUCGACGAUCAAGAAGUAGUCGUCAUUCAUCAUCCACUAUCGAUGAGCCAUCAACAUCGACACAAGCAAGAAGAAGAGCUGAUAUGAUUGAAUCACAGAGGCUUACAAUUCGUAAUAAAGACGAUGAUGAUGAUGACGAUGAAACAGAAACAACAAGAAGCAUUUGCUCAACGUGCUCAUCCAGUUCAAGUGAUUCUGAUGAUUUCGCUUAUGAGCUUCCACAACGACAAGUUUACGGUGGCGUUCGAGUAAAUUACGUGCCAAAUGAUGCCUUAGCUUGUGCCCGUAAGGAACAACAAACGAAAAGUGAUCAAUCAAAUAGCGAUCGCGAUAAAAACUGCACAAUAUCAUGAGAAAAGGCCAUAAAGAAUCUUGUAAAUGAUGUAAAGAAAUUAAAUUUUAAUUUCUAGUAUGCGAAACACAUUACAAAAAUAUGUAUUAAAAGUAAAUUAGACAAGAACCCAACGAAACAAAUGCCAAAAUGUGAAUAAGAUGAAGAAUUCAUUGAUCGUACAAAACACUAAAUUGUUCUUUCGUUUUAUGAAGUUUCUCACUUUUAUUUUUUAAUUUAUGAAAUUCAUGCGCAUGUUUUGGAAAGAGUUGGGUGGGAAUGGCGUGUAUGAGAGUCACUUUGGUCGGUAGUUCCUUGAUUUGUUUCAUAAAUUGAUUUUAUGAUUAAGUUUAAAUAUUGGAGCAUAUAUGACCCCAUUUUCUAUUUGCUUAGCUGAGCAUUUACGAGUCUUGUGGCUAUUUAUUAGGACCUACCUUCAAGACAGUGCCUUGUUUAGCUACCAAAGGAACUAGAAAAAUUUAAAUCAAUGCUUAUGAACUCUGAAUUAAUCUUAAAUUUCCGUAAAAUUCCCAUACUUCCUUACAUGAAAUUAUCAAUCUCACUAGAAAUUCCAAGGCAUGGAAACUCAGGAUUAAUCCUGAAAAAUUCUAAAAAAUCCCUAAGCCAAUGAACAUGAAAAUGUGAAAU